AUGGGCGCAUUAUUUCAGCCAAUUAACCAAGUUAAGUUUACUAAUGUUGCUAUAGUUAAAUACAAGCACAAGGGAAAGAAAUUUGAAAUUGCUUGCUAUAAAAAUAAAAUUAUUGAUUGGAGGGAUGGAGUUGAGUUGAAUAUAGAUGAUGUUCUUCAAUCCCAUUUAAUUUUUACUAAUAUAUCAAAAGGAGAAAUUGCCAAAAAGUCAGAAUUAAAUUCUUGUUUUAAUUCUGAUAACAAUUAUGAAAUAUGUAAAACUAUCUUGGAAAAAGGUACUUUACAAAUAAGUAAUAAAGAAAGAAAUGUUUUAAAAGAAAAAGUUUACAAAGAUAUGAUUGAAAUUUUACAUGAAAUGAGUGUAAAUCCGCAAACUGGUUAUCCUCUUUCUACAAACAUGAUUGAAAGUAUGGUUAAAAAUAUUGGGUAUAGUAUAAAUAUUGAUGAUAGUGCAAAAAAACAAGCCCUAAAAGUUUUUGAUAUUUUAAGUAAAGAAUAUGAUAAUGUAAUUCAAAGAGCUUUUAUGAGAAUACAAAUUAUUUGUGAUGAUUCUAUAAAAAAGGAUGUAAUAGAUUUUCUUAAUAGUCAUAAUGUUAUUAUUGAAGAGCAAAAAUUAACUAAUAAUAUUAAGAGAGAAGAUGAUAUAAAAAACAAACAUGAUCAAAUAUAUAAUUCUAGUAACACAGAAAAAAAUAAAGAACAAGAAAAUGAUAAAUAUGAAUAUAGUGAAGAAAAAUACAAAAAAGAUAUAAUCGAUUUAGAACAAAAUGAUCUUGUAGAAAAUAACAAAUUAGAAAAUAAAAAAGAUAUAAAUGAUACGAAUCAAACAAUUACUGAGAAAAAUAGCAAAGAUGAAUAUAAAGAAUAUACAAGUGAUACUAUUCUUAAUAGUUGUGAUAAUAAAUACAAAGAGGAAAAUGAUUUAAUGAAAAAUAAUAACUUUAUAAACAAUUUAUCUAAAAAUUAUAAAAAUAUACAUAACAAAGACACAAUAGAUAAAAAUAUAGUAAAUGUGAUAACAGAAAAUGAUACAACUGAAAGUGUAGAAUGCAAAUAUUUAUCAAAAAGUGAUGUAAAAGAAAAAAAUAACUUAUUAGAUGAUAAAUAUUUAGAAGAAACAAAAAAUAUUCAAAAUGAUAUAUUUAUUAAAUCCAACGAAAAUUUAAUGAAUGAAUGUUUAAAGGAUGAUAUAAAAAAAAAGCAGAAAAAAAAGGAUAAAUACGAAAAAGAAAAAAUAGAAAAAAAAGGAAAGAAUAUUGAAACAUAUAAAAUAGUAUUUUUGUGUUAUCCAUGUGUAUAUAGAUAUAUUGAUGAUUUUACAAAAAAACACAAAAAAAAUUGCUCUAAUAAAAUUUUAAGUAACAAUGUCAAAAUUGCUUCACUAAAUCCAAAAAAGACUAACUUAGAAAAUUCUGAAACAAAAUGUAAUGAUACUAAAAAUAAAGAAGAAAAUAAAAAUAAUAAAAAUAAAAAAGAGAAAAAAAAAGGAAAAAAUAAAAAUAAUAAUAAUUAUGUUGAUAGCGAAAAUGAAAAUAAAAAUAAAGGGAAAAUAAUUGAAAAUAAUAAUAAUGGUAGUAAUGUAGAAGAUCAUCCAUCUCAUAAUUUAGGGAAAACAUUAAGUGAUGAAACAAAUUCUUUAGAUGUAAUAAUGUGUACAAGCUGUUUGGUAAAAAUAGAAAAAUGUAAUUAUAAACUUCAUUGUAGAAGUGAUUUUCAUGUAUACAAUGUUAAAAGGAAAUAUAAAAAACUGCCACCUAUUACACUUGAACAAUAUAAAGAAAUAGAUUUUGAUGUUUCUCAUUUUCAUGUAGAUAUGUGA